UUUAAAUGUGAAGAAAAGGCACUGGAGAAGCAGAAGAAGCACACAGACAAGACAUCCAGAUACCUUUGGUUUGCUGUUUAGCUGAACGGAAGCUGUCCCAUAAGAGUUGUGUCUUACAAAACAUUUAACUACUUGGAAAACCAUGGAUAACUCUGAAGUUAAGCAAAUUAUGCGUGGAAUUUGGAUGGGCAUCGCAGAAAUAUCAUGUAACGCAGCAGUGGUUCACCCUGUGUUUGGCAUAGUGGGAUUAGUAAUGAAGGGUAUAUCAAGUGCAGUGGACAAAGAUGAAGACCAAGAGGUUCAGAAAGACUUGAAUGAACUUCUUCCAAAAAUAGAAAAGAUUUUAACUGAAAAUAAGAAAACACUGAAUAAUAUCAAAAAAAUGUCAGUUAUUUUACAGAAUGAUGAUACAGUGAAAAACAUCAAACAUCAGUUUAAAAAGUUUAAAGAUAUGUAUGAAGCCAAGGAAAAUUUUAAAAAGCAAGAGACUGACGAAUUUAUUAAGACAUUUAAAGAGUGUAAACGAAGCAUGAAUCUGGACAGCCUUUAUGAUAAUGUCUUGUGGGAAAAAAAAUUAUUUGGGGAGCCUAUUCUGGAGGUUUAUAAGAAAAGUUCAGACAAUGACCCUGAGGUUAUGAAGAAGCUGUGCACAUUUCUGCAGUGUCUUUUUGCCGAAGGAAUUAUUGCCCUUGUUGCUUUCAAAGUUGUUACUGACGACAAUGUAGACAAAUGUGUGAAAGAGUGGGAAGAAAAAAUGGAAAAUGUGGAUAGGUGUCUGGCACAGGUGUUAAAAGAAAGCCAGUUGAGUCAGUAAACUAAAUUGUCAACAACUUAUUAAUGAAUUCAUUUAUCAGAAGCUUCAGAUUUUUCUUUAAAACUUUUUAAGGUCAGUCCCUUAAUUAUGUCCACUGGUAGGAUGUAAAUAUAGUUUAUUUCAAAUACGUUUUGUCAUAUUCUCUUUCUUCCAGCUUAAUAAUUCUUAGUUUGUAACAUUCAGUUCUCUGGUAACAUGUACUGUAAAUAAUUGUAAUACAUAUUAUGGCAAAUGUUUUGGAUUAUUUGUCUCAGUUGUCAACUGUCUAAUGUUAAAACUUGAAUCAAUACACUUCAUCUUUAUAUAUCUAUCUGCUGACUUUUACUUUUAAAAAACAUUUAUGAUAAUCUAAAGAUUAAUAGUUAGACCUCUACUGUACCGUAUUUUGCUUGUCUGUUACAUUGAAUUUUGUUCAUCUAAUAGCAACUCAUCCAUCUUUCUUUAUACCACAUGUUAUUAAUUUUAUUAGAAUGAAAAACAUUUAAUUAAGACCUUUAGAAGGAAGAGAUAGUUUAAAAUAUGUUGAAAUAUUUGUAAUCAACUCUGCCCAUGUUAAAGAUGUAACCAAUAAAGAUUAUCCAACAAACCUA